AAAGCCAAAAUUUAUUUCACUCAAAGAAAAGUCCAAUGAGUACCCAUCUUCCACACACACAUAUACACACAUGUGUAUAAUUUAACACUAUGACUAUGUAACUUUUUAAAAAUAAUAAUAAUAAAAAAGAAGAGCUAUGUAUAUAUAUAGGUUUAGAAUAAGAGAAAAAUGAAAAUAAGAGUAAAUGUGACUUUAUCUUUUUGUAGCAGAAUACCUUUCUAUCAAAGUUUUGUGAACCAACCAUUUAUCCUUAUGUGAACAUCUUAAACAAAACAUAUAUGCUAUAACCCAAGAAUCCGUUUCUAUUAAGCAACCUUUGCUCCAAGUGAUUCUAUAAUUCCUUCUCUCUAUCUUUCAGUCUUUCAUAUGUGUAUGUAAAUAAAUAUAAAUAUACAUAUAAAAAGCUAUAUGUAUAUGUAUAUGUAUAGUUUGUUUCCUCUUAGUCUGCAUGAGCCUAUUUGAACACAACAACAAUGCCAAAAACAAAGGCCAUAACACAUGCAGAUCUUGCUCCAAGUAAUGGAUGCACUAAUUUGGGGAGCAAACUUGGUGUCUUCCUAAUAAUCUUAACUAUUCUAUGUGGUUUAUUAUGUUUCAUUCUCUGUCUAAUUUCAGAGGCCACACGUUCAGAGAUGACAUGGAUAGACACAGGUAGAGAAGGCAAUAAUAACUAUGAAUGUGUAUAUAGUGGAAGUGGGAAAACACCUUUGCUUUGUGCUGUGGUUGCUUUUGUGGGAUUAGCUAUUGCCAUGAUGAUUGAGCACAUAUUCAUGUUGAUUGCAGUCAGUAAGCUUCCACCUUCUGCUUUGGCCACAUUGGACCCAGAUUUUGGCUCUGCAAAGAAUUUGACAUGCCAAGCAGGAUUCUUCUUUGUCACCACUUGGAUUUGUUUUGCUGUUGGGGAAAUCUUGUUACUGAUUGGAUUAAGCAUUGAAUCUGGGCAUUUGAAGAAUUGGUAUAAACCAAGAGCCAGUUGCCUUGUAAUCAGAGAAGGGUUAUUCUCUGCAGCUGGAGUUCUUGCUUUGACAUCAGUUUUUCUUGCUGCUGGAUUGUACUUGACGGCUUUGAAGGCACAAAAGAUUGCCCAACAACAUGAAAAUGUCAGAAGACAGAUUCUUGAGACGUCUGCACUCUAUGCAUCCCCACCAACAUCACCAACCAUUCAUCCCAUUACUGCCAUUGACAGAGAGAAUCCCAUAUUAAUCAGAGAUGGCCCCAUUGAUCACACUAGUGCUUUUGUUUUUCCUUUAUCUUAUAGCAAAGACCCAAAUUUAGUGUAGAAACAGAAUUGAGAAUCAGAAUUGAAGUACAUAUUUCUGUACAUAAUUUUUAUGUUACUCCAAAGGGCUCUUGUUCUUGUGUGAA